CGCCCGUACUGGCCAAAACGCCCAUCACGGGAUACACCAUGUUCUAUACGCAGUUUUCUCCUCAGGUUGGGUCAGCAGAAGAACACGAAGUAAAGGUCACUGGUACGUCACAUGACCUCCAAGGCCUGGACCAGUUCACUGAGCACAGCGUGUGGCUCACCGCCGUCAACAGUAAUGGCGGGGGAGACGCCACCCCGGAGGUCACUGCCAGAACCUUCUCAGACGUGCCCUCAAAGGAGCCUCAGAAUGUGAGCGUUGAGGCUGCCAGCUCAAGGAGCCUCAUCAUCUGCUGGGAGCCUCCGCUGGCCGAGCACCAGAAUGGGAUCAUCACCAGCUGCAAGAUCCGCUACAAAGAGCGCGGCGAGUCAGGUUCCUCCAAGACCAAAGCCACAGACGGAAACAGACGACUCUUUGCCCUCAAGAAAAGCACCACAUACUCCAUAAAGGUUUAACCCGUCUGCUGCGAUUGGCACAGAUUUCACAUUCACUGGUAGCCUGAUAACAUACAGUCCCUGGUCUUUCUCUGCCUCUGUGGUGGAUAAUGGAGUGUUUCCCAUGUGGUAUUGGUGUGCUGGAUAUCUCUUCACUGGUAGCCUGAUAACAUACAGUCCCUGGUCUUUCUCUGCCUCUAUGGUGGAUAGUGGAGUGUUUCCCAUGUGGUAUUGGUGUGCUGGAUAUCCCCUCC